AUGUCUUCAGAUGAUGAAGCAGAAGAAUACCUCUUCAAGAUUGUAAUAAUUGGUGAUUCAGCUGUUGGUAAAUCUAAUUUGUUAUCUAGAUAUGCAAGAAAUGAGUUUAAUAUGCAUUCAAAAGCAACAAUUGGUGUGGAAUUUCAAACACAAAGUAUGGAAAUUGAAGGAAAAGAGGUAAAAGCUCAGAUUUGGGAUACUGCUGGUCAAGAAAGAUUUAGAGCUGUUACUUCUGCUUAUUAUAGAGGUGCUGUUGGUGCUCUUCUUGUUUAUGAUAUUUCUCGCAGAACUACUUUUGAUAGUAUUGGUCGCUGGCUUGAUGAACUUACCACUCAUUCUGAUACAACAGUAGCACGAAUGCUUGUGGGAAAUAAAAGCGACUUGGACAACAUAAGGUCAGUAAGCAUCGAAGAAGGCAAGAACCUUGCUGAAGAGCACGGACUUUUCUUUAUGGAGACAUCUGCAAAAGACUCGACUAAUGUGAGGAUGGCUUUUGAGAUGGUGAUCAAGGAGAUAUACAACAGUGUGAGCAGGAGAGUUCUCAAUUCAGACUCUUAUAAAGCUCAGUUAUCUCUUAAUAGGGUAAGCAUUGUUAAUGAUGAAAAGACGCAAAACCAAGGCUUUAAUUCCUGUUGUUCUAGGUGAAUUUUCGCGGGCACAAAAUUGUCUGCACUCGGAAAUACACUGAAUUGUUUUUUCCUACAGUCAGUGCUUUUUUAUCCUUAAUUAUUAUUUUUUUAAAAAUCUAUAUCAAUAUCAAAGUUUUGUACUUGAAACAUUAUAAAUUCCAAAUCAUAUUUGAGUGGUAUAGUAAAAGAUGCAUGACAUCCCUCAGCCCAAAAUUAAGGUGCUGAUUCUUAACUUUGUUCUUGCCCUAUUUGAGGGAUCAUAUUAUUGUAUAUGAUCAAUUUUUAAUUCUUAUUUAUUUUUCCAUAUUACAAACAGCUAAGAAAUGUGAGGUAACCACGUUUUUGUUGGAAA